UGGAAUUUUCUUUGGGCGCGCUCUCUCUUUCAUUUCUCUCUGAAACAAGUUAAACGAUCAAAUUUAAUCCAUAUCAUUUUCCUUAAAAUAUUAAAAAAAUAAUAAAAAAAAGCUCUGCAACCUCCAAUCCUCUGAUCUCAUUAUUAUCCCAUCGAAAUGGAAAGCUCUGAUUUGAGUCCUUCUGUGAAGAACAUUCUUCUAUUAGACUCUGAGGGGAAGCGUGUGGCUGUAAGGUAUUACUCAGAUGAGUGGCCAACAAACAGUGCAAAAUUAGCAUUUGAAAAAUCUGUCUUCACCAAGACCCUCAAGUCAAAUCCUCGUACCGAAGCGGAGAUAGCAAUGUUCAACAACAACAUUGUCAUUUACAAGUUUGUCCAGGACCUUCACUUCUUUGUGACUGGAGGUGAUGAUGAAAAUGAACUCAUUUUAGCCACAGUUCUUCAGGGGUUCUUUGAUGCGGUUUCCCUCAUCUUGAGGAACACUGUUGACAAAAGGGAGGCGCUUGAGAACUUGGAUCUCAUACUUUUGUGCCUUGAUGAGAUUGUUGAUGGAGGGAUGAUACUCGAAACAGAUCCAAAUUUGAUUGCAGGAAAAGUUGCAAGCCAUAGCAUGGAUGCUGAUGCAACCUUAUCUGAACAGACUAUAACUCAAGCAUGGGCUACAGCAAGGGAACAUUUGUCCAGAACUCUCCUUCAAUGAGUUUAUAUCAAGCAAAACUCCAAAUAAUUGAACUUUUUCUUUUUGUUAUGGUACUUUUCUCCUUUUUCUUUGAAGGAUCUCUUUAGUGUUCUCCUUUUAUACUAUUCUUGGGCUCACUUUCUGAUGGGCCUACAUGUUUUCUUCCAUUGGGCUUUUGGGCCCUGUUGGGCCACGGGCAUAAAGAUCUUGAGAAUCUGCUCCAAUAAUUAAAAUUCAUUCUUGUCCUGUCACAGUGUCACUCAUGAUUUUAUUCUUUAUUUUUUACCAUAUAAUAGAGCAUGGUAAGCUGUCUUUUUCAUUACCUUCAUUUUCUUAUGUUUGGACACUCUGGUUGUAAU